UCUCCAUUGACAUUGACAUUGACAUUGACAUUAGUUUCCUGUCUAUAAAGAUUCCAAUUUAUCUGAAAUCUAAGGCAAGGCCUUCAACACUAGAAAGAGGACAAUGGAAGAGCCACUUCUUCCGAGAGACGAGGAGUUUGUACCCGGUACAAAGACAUGGCAAAGAAGUCAGCUCACCGUCGAGCUAGAGAAAGUUAGCCGCUUGGCCGCUCCUAUGGCCACCGUGACCAUUGCUCAGUACCUUUUGCCUGUCAUCUCAGUCAUGGUCGCCGGCCACAACGGCGAGCUCCAGCUCUCUGGUGUCGCUCUUGCCACUUCCUUCACAAACGUCUCCGGUUUCAGCAUUAUGUAUGGAUUAGUGGGUGCUUUGGAGACUCUUUGUGGCCAAGCUUAUGGAGCCAAACAGUACGAAAAAAUUGGAACCUACACAUACUCUGCAAUCGCCUCUAACAUUCCAAUUUGUUUCCUCAUAUCAGUUCUCUGGAUUUACAUCGAUACGCUCUUGAUCUCACUAGGACAAGACCCUGACAUCUCCAAGGUGGCAGGAUCCUACGCCUUUUGGCUCAUACCGGCUUUGUUCGGUCAAGCAAUUGUCAUACCACUGACCCGGUUUCUACAGACACAAGGGUUGGUUCUUCCUCUGCUCUACACUGCUGUGACCACCCUUUUGUUCCAUAUCCCGGUUUGCUGGAUUUUGGUUUCCUUGUUUGGUCUGGGAAGCAAUGGAGCUGCUUUGGCUAUUAGUGUGUCUUUUUGGUUUUAUGCGUUGAUACUAGCUUGCUAUGUGAGAUUCUCCACCUCUUGCGAGAAGACUCGAGGCUUUGUAUCCGAGGAUUUCGUUUCCUGUGUCAAACAGUUUUUUCAAUACGGAAUCCCAUCUGCAGCAAUGACUUGCCUAGAAUGGUGGCUAUUUGAGCUACUCAUUCUCCUCUCAGGUCUUCUCCCUAACCCUAAACUCGAGACAUCUGUUCUUUCAAUAUGUAAGUAUCAACCUGAUGUCUUAUAUGUCAUUCUUACAACCGCAGCUUUGCACUAUGUGAUUCCAGCUGGAAUCGCCGCGUCUGUGAGCACACGCGUGUCAAACAAUUUGGGAGCUGGGAAUCCUCAAGUUGCUAGGGUAUCAAUAUUGGCAGGGCUUUGUCUCUGGUUUAUAGAGUCAUUUAUCUUCAGCACACUUCUCUUCACCUGCAAGAAUAUCGUAGGCUACGCAUUCAGCAACAGCAAAGAAGUUGUGGGCUAUGUCGCGGACCUAUCUCCUUUGCUCUGUCUCUCCUUUGUCCUCGACGGAUUUACUGCAGUUCUUAAUGGUGUCGCUAGAGGAAGUGGAUGGCAACACAUUGGAGCUUGGAACAACGUGGUGUCUUAUUAUCUCGUAGGAGCUCCGGUUAGAGUUUACCUAGCUUUCAGUCGUGAGUUCAACGGAAAAGGAUUGUGGUGUGGAGUUGUGGUUGGAUCCGCCGUGCAAGCCAUUAUACUAUCUUUCGUCACGGCUUCCAUGAAUUGGAAUGAACAGGCUGAGGAAGAGAAUAGUCUCAACUGGAAAUGGAUCGGCAUAAACGACGAAGGGUGUUUCUUAUUUAAUCAAUUUUGUUUUAUUUCAAUUUUGGUAUACAAAUGUCACAGUUCCAUAAUCAACAAAUGAAUAAAAUCCCUCAUUGGUUCCAAACUACUACAAAUAUUGGUUUGAUUGUUACUUUAGCUGGUUUGAUUAGGUUCCUAAUGAAAAUUAGUUUGUUACUAAUCAUGUAUCUAUUAAGUUUCGUGUACACACUUUUCUAAUUAAUAAAACAAAACUGCCUUCCAAGCUUGAUA